AUGUCUCGAAACAAAGAAAACAACCCGCUCUUCACGGCCUCCACUGCCCGGCGCCAUGGCCGGCUCCCGUCGCUGGGCAAACAGCCGCCAAGUGAUGACUUCUUCACCGACAGCCUCAUUGCUGACGAUUCACUGAUUCCGUCUCCGAGCCCGCAGAAGGUCAGCAGCGGAGCCAAACCUCGACGCGCCCUCGGUGCCGGAAAGGCGCUGCAACACACAAAAGACCGGGGAAACAAGUCAAAGCGGUCUUCAUUGGCAGAGUACACGGCGGCGCGAUCAGCCCGACGCCUACAACCGUCGCCGACGUUGACCAGGAAGAAAAGUCCAGAGCCAAACUCCCGCCAGCCGGACGACCCAUCUACUCCUCCACAAUCCAGCCAUGGUCUGGGUGUAGCAAGCCCUACGGCGGAGGAGUAUUCAAGCCCACCGGCGGGAAUGACGGACGUGUACCAGCGAAUCGCGGACGAGGAGGAUCUGGCCGCCACUGAGAGGGAACUGGACACGGAUGAGGACGAGCUUGAAAACGGCCCUCAAGACACGUUGGAGUCGGAUGUGGAUGUUGGCACCCAUUCUACGCACGGUGCUGGGGAGGCCCAACAUGCAAAUCAACAGCGCCAGUCGCGAGAGACUACACCGGUGCCGGCCGAAAGCGAGGUCGGGACUCAGAACGGGCUGGAUAAUGGGCUCGAAAGCAACUCCGCGCCACCGACCUUGGACUUUGCCCAGAAUCAAAUGGCGGAUAGAGUAAUUGCCGCGAAACUGACGCCUCACGCCUUCGACCGGGCCAAAGAUCGCGCCCGGCUGGACAAGCUACGGCAAAGCCGGAUACCGCUCGACUUCACGCACAGUCCCAAAGGCCAGAACAGCACUCCAAUGACCAACGGCCGUCGCCAUGAUAUCGCCAGUGUGGCCAACCGGGGCCCUAUAACUUUCAACAACCCUAUAUCCGACAAAGCGAAUGCUUUUCCGAAAGCCUACUCUGACACAAGCGCGGAGUCGACUCCACAGAAGCGAAUCAAAGCUUUCAGUCGAGCAACAAAGGCCGGUGCUCACAAGCGCGUUCCAUCUCAGGAUGAUGGAAGUGAUACGCCUCCAGAACUUAGGGAGAGGGAGCGAGUGGUGGCAUUUAGCAAGGCUAAUCGACGGAAACCGGCCCCGGAAACUGAGCCAGAAUUGCCAGCGGCCCCAGCACCUCGGCUGGUCGCUUUUUCUCGCGCGAAUGGACACUCUCGCCCUUACGGAGCUCCUUACGAGCCCAACGAGAAUGAAAAACACGGGAACGGCGACAUUACUGGGAGCGCGUCUUCUGUAGUGUCAGAGCCUGUUCCUGAAUCCACGCGAAACCUAGACGGGAGCAUCAAGCCUGUGACACUCUCAUUCCUCGGGAAAUGGCGGCAUAAAACGGCAGAACGACGGGCGGCGAAAAAGUCUGAAACCGUCCAUGACAAUGAAUCACAGGUUGACUGGGCAGCUGCAGCAGCAGAUGUCCCGCUACCCUCUGUUGAACAGUCUAUUGAACAAAGUUCAACUCCUCAGGACACUCCGCCAAAACCGGUGUCAUCACAUCAUCAUAGCUCGGUAGAUAGGGUACGCAAGUGGGAAAACGACUUUACCGGUCUUUCAUUUCAAGUUUCGGAAAGCCCGCCGGUUAGGAGCCGGCCUCCUCCCAGCGACUCUUGGAAGGAAAAGGAGAUCGAAGACUUGGCGAGACAGGCGGUCACCACAAACCGACUAGACGAGAUUCAAGUGAAGGAUCCUAGCAUGAGGGUGCGCAAGAGCUCUUCUUCACUAAGUCCUGUCGAUCGCAGGAAGACCGAAGCGCAGAUACCGGACACUCCAGGUAAUGGUGAAGUUGAACCUAUCAACAAACCAGGGCAAACAGAAGGGCCAAUGCCGGAUACGCCUGUACUGGUCAAUCGGCAACCCAGUGGUAACACUGAAAGGUCCAAAUCUUCCCACAGGUCGGCCAGUCAGUCACAUAGCUCACUUGAUCACCUGCAAAGGCUUGCACGCGCAGCAAGUACCACCCCGAGGUCGAGUUCUGUUCUGGAAGAGCUGAUUCAACAGAACCAAGUUCAAAGUGCUGCUGAGGCAGAGGAGGGCGACACGAUACCGGACGCUGGGAUGGAUACAAGGGAACAGUCGCCGCAACGAGAGCCGGUCGAAAACCAGCGUGCCAGCAGCAAGCCGGUGGCAGAAACACCAAAAGUCGUAGGUGCCUGGACUGACACCAUCCUCCCCGAGACAGUGAAGACUCAGAAACGGACGGCGUCAAGGGUGUCCAAAUACAUGGAGACGCCUCAUGUCAACGCAGGAGCUUGGAUCGACACCCCGUUGACCAACGGGGAUCGUAUGCAGUCUCAAUCGUUUCCCAACACCAUCGAGGAAGUCACUGAAGAUCUUACAAAGGAUAUUAUCUCGGCGGCGGCCGAGGUAGGAUCAGUGGACGAGGAUAGCGAGUUGCCAAAUAAGCGAUCCGAGCAAGAGCAUAACGAGCAGGACAAAAGCGAAGGCAAAACGCCAGACCCUCAGACUCAAGCAUCUGCCAAUGCGGCCGUGUUCAUACCACCCAGCGCCCUCACCAACGUGUUGAACGAAGCGAAGCGGAAACGACUAGUUUCACGCGACAUUACCGAUCGCGACGACACACUCAACCUGGGCGACGCGACAAUCGCGUCAUUUGAAGAUCUUUUGACUGACGCAGCCGACAUUACAGCCGAUUUGACGAGUCUGAUCAAGACAGGCGCCGAAGACGAAAUGCUACAGCAGAGAAAGAUGGAGCAGGCCGAAGACUCGACCAGUGCCGAAAUGGCUUUCAUUGGACACCUGACCUCAAGGAUGCAACGGCUGAUGACGAACCUGCACGAAGCGCGCAAGGGCAUUUCCCGACUCGAGCAAAGAGUGUCGCAUAGCCCAGCUCCAGACUUAUCACAACAGGGUUCAGGCGAGCAGCAGCAGUGCGCUGUGUGCAAGGAAGGCGGCCACCACCGUCCUCUGAUUGACUACGCGUACGAUUCUGAGUCUCUCUCGAACUCAUGGUUUCCAAUGUCUUAUUCAACCUUUACCAUUCCCAUUCCACUCCUGUUCUACCCUCGGAACAACAACAGCAAGAAUCGCGGCAGCAGCAGCUGGGCAGCUACCCUCUUUUCUCCACUGCCCCGUCCCACCUGGCUAGGCUGGUUGACAAUUGCCAUCUGGACAUGGUACCUCACCGAAUGCACCCUCUGCGAGAUUUAUUGUCACCCUCUAUAUGCCGAACGGUACGUAUGGCCGGCUCAACCGGAGCCCGAGUUCCCUUUUGUUCUGCCCACCAUGUUGUGGCGAUGGACAUUUGGGGCAAAUGAUUUGAGUGCUGGUGUAGGUGUUGCCAGUGCUGUUGCGCUGCCACUGCAGUUGGUUUGGUAUCUGGUCACGUCGAUCUGGCGGUUGGUGGUGGCUGUGUACAGAGUCGUGGGUAUGGCGUUGGGUUUGAUUGAUGGGUUUGUGGAUGAUGAGGAAAGAAGAACUGCUGCUGCUGCUGCUACGGCUGUCUCUGGCUCAAAGGGCGACUGA